AUGGCAUGCACCUCGGCGCCAUGGCGCCGCCGACGAUCGACGAGUUUGACGCGGCUAUCCACCGCCACCAUGAGCUCCACCGCAUGGGCGUGCCGCCGCCGCCGCGGCAGUCCAAGGCCGCACGACAGGCCGCGCUCGACAAGACGUCGCGCCUCAUCCAAGAACACAACGCGCAGCCCAACGCGAGCUUUAUCAUGCGCUACAACGCGAUGA